GACCGACUAAAGUACUGGAUGAUAGAGUCACUCAAGGGUCAUUGGUGUUUACAUCUGUCCACAGAAUGGGAUUGGUGCAAUACUCUGUGGCCCUCCUGAUGUUAUCCACACAGUUGGUGUUCAGCUUUCCCACAUUAAAGAAAACCUACAACAUUGGUGGGAGAGAGUGUAACUAUUGCCCUGCAGGUAUGUAUCAGACUGAUUGUACAACAUGUGAACGCUGUCCUGCUGGAAGUUACACAACUGACUGGAACUUUGAAGAUGAAUGCCAUCGCUGCUUUGGAGACUGCAACCCUAAGUUUCAUCUUAAAGUGGUUCAGAACUGCACCAGUACGUCUGAUAUGAAAUGUGACUGUGAGGAUGGUUUUAGAUGCAUCAGGUGGACCGAAAAGAACUGCUUGUCUUGUGAGAAGAUGCCAGACCCAACCCCAACCAAGUUUGAUCUUAAGGUGGUUCAGAACUGCACCAGUACGUCUGAUAUGAAAUGUGACUGCGAGGAUGGUUUUAGAUGCAUCAGGUGGACCCAAGAGGGAAACGAACUGCUUGUCUUGUUUAAAUUGGCUAAGAUUUUAUGUCAGAUGCUCUUUCUCAUACAACUUAAGUGGGGACAGGACAUGAAGACUAUUGGCAGCUUUACAUCUGUCCACAGAAUGGGAUUGGUGCAAUACUCUGUGGCCCUCCUGAUGUUAUCCACACAGUUGGUGCUCUGCUUACCCACAUUAAAUAAAACCUACAACAUUGGUGGGAGAGAGUGUAACUAUUGCCCUGCAGGUAUGUAUCAGACUGAUUGUACAACAUGUGAACACUGUCCUGCUGGAAGUUACACAACUGACUGGAACUAUGAAGAUGACUGCCAUCGCUGCUUUGGAGACUGCAACCCUAAGUUUCAUCUUAAAGUGGUUCAGAACUGCACCAGUACGUCUGAUAUGAAAUGUGAUUGCGAGGAUGGAUUUAGAUGCAUCAGGUUGACCGAUGACAAAAAGAACUGCUUGUCUUGUAAGAAGAUGUCAGACCCAACCCCAACCAAAGCAGCAGCUACAGAGAUCUCAGUCAGAGAUAAACACACGCCUUUCUCAGUUUCCUCCGGACAUACCAGCACUUCUCCCAGACCCUGCCAAUCUCCAGGGUGUCACCCAACGAAAGAGCCGAUUCCCAUGCCAGGUCAUGCCAACCGUUACCUGGCAGCUAUUUUCAUUCCAGUGGGUGUCCUUGCAGCUUUGGCCCUUCUCGCCUUGUUCUGUGUCUGUCGUCCAAGAGAUGAGACAUAUAUAAGGCAAACUAUUGCAAAGCUCUGGAAUGAGGAAGGGCGAGGUGCUUCUCACAAGUCAAGGGAGCCAACUCAUCAGUUCCCCAGAGACUCAUUCAGUACAAAGCAGCAGCCCUCAACACCUUCAGCAGCCAAUCUUGGUCCGGUCCAUGUGCACAAUCCAGGCACAGUCAUCUUUAGCUUGCUCAGUCAAUUUACGGGUCAAGUCGGGCCGACGACCGAAUGCGGGAAGACAGCUGAGAGAGCGAGGAGAGAGGAAGAGGAUGAGAGAAACUGUCCAGUGUUUCAUCCUGCAUCUUCUCCCAGCAUUCAUCUCUCUGAGGAGGAGAGGAGCGGAGAGAAUGACACCAUUUUCUUCCCUUCCCAGGAGCAGGGGAAAGACUCCCACAUGUCGAAAGAGGAGAUCCUAUGAUGCAUCUCAAAAAAUUCAGAAGACUUGGAUACAACAAACUUUGAAACCACAGAUGAGUAUGGAUCAUAUUCGUCUUUCCUCAGCAAGCUGCGGAUGCUCUGACUUUGUUUCUGCAGCUUCUGGAAAACACUCACCUCAGAAAUGUAUUAAAUCUCGGAAGAACAGCUGCAAAGUGGUCUUCUUUGUAAGUUAUGAUUUACGAACUCUUGUAUAUACUUUUAAUAAGCUUCUUUAGCUCAGUGCAAAGAAUGCCAUCCAAGGUGUAGAAAGCUUUGUUAGGUAGUUAUUAGGUAGUUUUAGUCAAAUUUAUUAAGUUUAUUUUAAAUGAAAAAGAAAUAGAAGAAAAAAUGUACACAGAACAUCCACAUGUGAUAUUGAAAAGCUGGCUACAAAAGCAGCUAAUUAUGUCUGCACAUAUAUGUAGAUAUACAUAAAAUAUGUUUAACUUUAUGUACUAUAGUACAUACUUUCCUUUCACUGCCACAAUGUCCCCUCUGUCUUAUCAGUUCCAAGAUUUUUACCAACCACAAUUUUAUACACUUCAAAGUCACAGAUGCCAAAAUGAUCAUCUGUCCUCUCAGGAAACAGCAACAGUCUCAAACUUUCCACCUUCUGGCAUUUCACUGAUCAGCACGGCGCGGAGUGCCUUUUAGCUCUAUUUAAAUGUCCAAAAGCAGUGGCAAAUGUUUUCCAUCUGGGAUGUGCCACUGAGUGUCUUGUCAGGUUCUCGCUCCUCCAAAUUCCAGAUCUGGUUUUUAACACAUAGGUUGGUCACAUUUCCCGCACACUUCCUGGAUGGGCUUGGACACUUCUUCAUCACAUGCAGGUUGUGUGGCAGGUUUUUCAGCCAAGAAGUACCCUGAGCAGCAAGAAAUGACAGGAUGUUUUUAAUAAGAAUUCAAUCAUUUGGAGGUAUUUAUAACACAAAAGUUCUAAGAAAAAUAUUAAGUGAUUUAAAAGAAAUCUACUAACCGUGAGUGAACCUAAUCCAGACUAAAAAUGGCUUGAUUUUUGUCACAACAACCAGUGCAAUUCCUGUACACAGGAGGGCAAUUAUCACCAGAAACCACACCGUAUCUAUAAUAACACAUGAGAGAGUUAGUUUCCAUAAUUUACAUCAGUUCAAUAAUUUCACAGGCAACACAAUUUGGCUACUUUACCUGCAAUUGGUUUAGGGGCGAGCCUGGUGGUGGUAACGUCAGGUGUCGCCACUAGAGGGAAACAUAAAAAAAGAGAACCUUAUAAGCUCACUGCAGGCAUUAUUAGUUCGAUGACAAGAUGACACUAUUGUGGUUUGGAUUUGUCAGUGAGCUCACUCUUUUGUCCCUAAUGUUUAACUUAUUUCAUCAUGUGUUUGUGUGUGUGUGUGUUUGAACGUGUGUGUCCUUUCUCCACGGUUACUACAGAAGAGGUUGAUACGAGAACAUGCAAAUAGCUUCCAAGCAUUAUUACCAGCUCAUUUGUUUGGAUUCUUUUUAGUCAUGUAACGGUUUUAGCUGAAUCAGAAACAUUUUAGGGAUUCUGACUAUGACCUGUCCACAUUACUGUAUGUAGGCAGGAUUACAGUACAGGAAAACACAUGCUACAACUAGGGCCUCCACAGUGACAUUUAAAAAAAGAGACACAACAGACUGUUUUGCUCACCUGCCCUCGUAUAGAGCCCCGAGUGAUAAUAACACAGGACACGACAUUAAGACUUUGAAUCAGUUAACAGAUUCAUGUACUACACCCUUAAAUCUGCCUGUCUUCUAGAACUUGUUAUCAUGGAUUGCUACACUGUUACUGAGUUAUGUUGUAGGGGGGAUGGAGGCAUGAAAGGAAUUUUUUUUUUAAGCACUGUUUUUAAGCACUGUGCAGAGCUUUGCCAGGAGGCUGUUGAGGUAGACAAGAGAAGUGCACAAUUCUCACAUUCUCACCUGUGUCUGUGCUCUCCUCUGUGGUUAGGUUUAGGCAACUCAAGCACUUCACAUGAAGUUAGUAAAUUCCCUAACCUUUGUGAAGUGCUGAUGGUGCCAAAAUGUAACCAUAAUUAAAAAAACUGUUUAAGCUGUAAGUUGUAAACAAUAUUUCUUCAUUGUGUUUCAUGAAAAAUGCGAUCCGAUAACAAAUAUUUUAUUUUUUAAUUUGUUGUUGUUUUAAACGCUUUUUAAACACUGAUGUUAUCGCCUCAGAGUGCAUACUUGUCCCUCGCAGACACAGUGGGUUUAAGGUGGAUGACAUCAGCGUUAAAGGCAUCUAAACUCAUU